AGGGGAGGAGCCUGCUGUUGCCCCAGCAACAACCACAGAACCCAAAACGAGCGCGGACGCGGAAGUAUCGCGGCUUCCAUCUCUCGCAGCCAGGAAGGUCCUGGGAAAGGCGCGAGCCAGGCCUGGUAGGCGCCCGCGGAGAGAAAAACGAAUCAACUCAACCCCAUGAACUACAAUCCCCGUUGCCACUUUCGCCCCUCCUAACCGUUAAGUGCGCUAAGGGCCAUGGCUGAGGUGCACGUGAUCGGGCAGAUCGUGGGGGCCAGCGGUUUCUCGGAAAGUAGCCUCUUCUGCAAGUGGGGCAUUCACACAGGGGCAGCGUGGAAGCUCCUGUCAGGCGUGCGGGAGGGCCAAACGCAGGUGGACACCCCCCAGAUAGGGGACAUGGCCUACUGGUCCCACCCCAUCGAUCUGCACUUCGCCACCAAAGGUCUUCAAGGCUGGCCCCGGCUCCAUUUCCAGGUGUGGUCCCAGGACAGCUUUGGCCGCUGCCAGCUUGCAGGCUAUGGAUUUUGCCAUGUGCCCAGCAGCCCGGGCACACACCAGCUGGCCUGCCCCACGUGGCGGCCCCUGGGCAGUUGGCGAGAGCAGCUGGCACGGGCUUUCGUGGGUGGUGGGCCACAGCUGCUGCAUGGGGACACCAUCUACAGUGGGGCCGACCGCUAUCGCCUGCACACAGCUGCUGGUGGCACCGUGCACCUGGAGAUCAGCCUGCUGCUUCGCAACUUCGACCGCUAUGGCGUUGAGUGCUGAGGGACCCUGUCUCCAGUGCCACCACCAUCCACACCCUGGACACCCAGUGAGGCACAGUGGUCAGGAGACCGUCAGAGCUGGACCCCAGCUAAGGACUCCUGUCCUUGCUAGGACCUCUGGGCCCAGUUUCCCUAUCUGUAAAUUGGGGACAGUAAAUGUAUGGGGUCGCAGGAUGUUGGGUGACAAGAGGCUGCUUAGCCACAUGGGAGGUGCUCAGUAAAGGAGAGCAAUUCUUACAGG